GCGUGGUAUGCCAACAACACUCGGGCCUCAUCAGCAUGGAGACGAUUUCCUAUCCACCCGAGGUAAACAUGGCAACUAGCAAGAGCUGUGCUGUAUGUGGUGCUGCGUGUUCGUUCACAUGUGCACGGUGUAAAGAAGUGUCCUACUGCGGGUAUGCACAUCAACGUGCGGAUUGGGAUACGCACAAGGUGCCCUGUCAUGCGAUUUCAGCUAAGUCAGAUACAGAAAUAGAAACAGAAACAGAAGCGGAGCACAUGGAAGCAUACAAAGGCACACAUCAUACAGAUAAUGUACGUAAAAUAUUCGAAACGAGUGUUAGUGACCAGUAUUCGACUGUAGAGGGAGUGGGAAUGGGGGGCGAGGAGCUAUGUGCUGGGUCAGAGGAGGACAUGGGUUUGGGGGAUGUGUAUAGCGACACGGAUGCACAUACACACAAGUUAAAAAUUUCCGAGACAAAUGCUCAGAAUAGACAUGCUCAUACGAAUGGUGUGGCCACUGCACAGAUGAGAGGGUGUGCUACCACAACAAAGGCCUGCGACUACGAACACGAGGAGAGCAAUGAUCAUAUGGAUGCAUCACAUAAGAAGGCUGAUGAAGAGCUGAAGCACGCACACCCAUACGUUCAUGCGCAGGAUAGUGGGAUAUAUGAUGUAGAUCAAGGUAUAGGCUUUGAGGAUCAUGUCUACUUAGAUCCCAACGUUACUAUAGAGAAACAGUUGCUGAAUAAGAUGAAAGAGUUUGUGCAAGACGUGGAGAAGCGGAAUGGCAGCACAGGCUCAGGUCACUGGAAUCACUUGGUGGAGAUGUUCGGUACGAGUUUAGAACAUGCGCCCCACCCCCAUCAGAGUGGAGAGGUUAUUGAGUACGAGUACGAGAUAGGUGUGGGUGAUCUGGAUGGUAUGCACCUCGACAUGAACUCGGAUCUGGGCAUCAGUAUGAAGGAAGUGCAGAGCAGUCUGGGGUUGUCCUGUGUGGCCUCCUCGCAUAUAAGCGCUGAUAAGCUCAGCCAAAUCACAAGCAAACACGACAGUGGGUACGCACAGAACUUGGGCCACGACGAGUAUGUGCACACAUACGUAGUGGGCCAUGGAAUGGCUCUAAACGGUACAGUUGCAGACGCGGAUAUCCUGAUAGGAGACGAAGGUGAAAUCGAGGAGAUCGCAGAAGUGCUGCUCAAGUCAGCGCUGAGGAAAGACACCCACCCACAGGGUGUGAGUGUGAAUGAUACAUACGCAAACGAGCACGCAUUCACCAGCUUAGACAGGGAGAGUGUGGCCGAUACAGCAGGCGUACAGCCCAGGGAACAGGGUGAUAUGGAGCUCAACACGGGUGACCAAUCGCAAGUCUCUCCCAGUAGUUCACGGACUUCGGACAGUACCAGUGCCACUACGGCUGAUGCCCACGACCCUGUCCGGAAUAGUUCGGGUCGGGGUGCACGUACCUAUGCAAGUGCACACAGGAAAGGAAGGGGUAAGGCCCUGAACGGGUCCACCAGCAAAGCCGGUGAUAGCACACAGAGUAUAAGGGACAGUGUGAGUGCGUCGGGUGGGGUGGGUGCAGGUAUGGCCGGGCGAGACCACCGCCCACACACCCGUGCCCAGCCCUACACCCACUCGAAAAGCGGGGCCGCACACAACCAGAUGACCGAUAGCUUGGCGGAUAGCAGGGCAUACGAGGACCAGGACUGGGAGCUGGAGCCAGAGCCCAAGGAAAGCUCAGUGCGGCCGUUUACAAGCACAAGGGAGCCUGCCAAGAGCUGUGCUGUGUGUGGCAAGGGGUGCUCGUCUACGUGUUCGCGCUGUCGCGCUGUGUCGUACUGUGGGUUGCAGCAUCAGCGCCAACACUGGCUGAAGCACAAGGACGCAUGCAUUAGCAUGACCAGUGAUGGGGGCACCAACAACAACAAUAAUAGUAGCAGCAGCAACAGUAACAGCAACAACAACAACAAUAUUAGCCACAAUGAUAGGGAUAUCAGCAAUGGGUACGGUGGGAACGAAUUCGAGACUACCGGCAGAAAGAACCUACCUGGCAAGGCUAUGAGUGCGAGGCGGCCCGGGGGGUACGGCCCAGUCUAUGCUACGGAUGAUAGGACGGGCUAUGGAUAUCCCAAAGGCACGACAGCGCCCAAGUGGGAGUUUGACUACGAUUGGGAGUCUGUGCUAUGUGUGUUAUUCGAAAGCCUGGGCUACAAAGGGCCCGUGGCUAUCAGUCGCACGAGUGUAGCGAACAAGAAACCGGUGACGGCUGUGGGUGCGAAUAUAGGGCAGGGCCUGAGUCUCGGGCGUGGACGUAGUGUAGGUAGUUCUCUGAGGGGUGGCGCUGAUGGGGAGUUCAAUACCGGGGAGGAUACCGGGACGGAAAGCAGUUCGGAACCCCGACUAACGUGCGAGGCUGUGUGCGUGGCUCGAGUGCCUGGUGCUGACGACGAAGUGUAUGUGCGAUCCAUCGUACCCAAGCCCAAGACGGCUACGGUUGCGGCACGAGACAUCCCUGCGGGUGAGUUGUGCCUGGUGGAAGAUCCACUGUUGGUGGUAAGUAGCAAGGACUUUGUGCAGCGACACAGUGGGUACAUGCGUCUGUCUCCCGAACAGCAGAAGCAGUUCAUGUCGCUGUUCCAUCCCACCCCCGGGACCAUUGAGGUGCAGGCCUACCCCACACUGAAGGCUACCGAGACGUACAUAGACGCACGCUUUGCUGGGCUGGAUAGAACGGAUCCUCGGACGGAUUACGAUGCCGUGGAUGAUAUGAUCGACAAGAUGAAGCGGGUGUCGUUUAUUAUCGAUAUGAACGGCCUGCGAGAUGCGGAAUUGGCCUCGGCUGAUGGGAGACACAAUGCUGCGCACGUGUACGCCCACGCCAGUCGGCUUAAACACAGCUGCGCGCCUAACUGUUGCAGAGCCAUCAACAGUGCUGGGCGGGUCAUGGUAAGGGCUUUGCGGCCCAUUCCCAAAGGCAUGGAAUUAACAGUGUCAUAUCUGGACCCCACCAAACGGCUGUGUUCUGGUGCGGAUAGGCAGGAGCUACUGCGGAGAUUGGGAUUCAGUUGUGAGUGCAACCGUUGCGAAGCCGAAUUCGACGAUUCUUUUGGCUUUUAUUGUCCAAAUCCUAAAUGCGGACCCCCCGAUGGUAGCUCGCUGGGCAAAUUGGACUACAACCACUGCAACGGAUUGGAUGUGAAUCCCGAUUUUGGAAAGACCAGCAAUACCGGUACAACGACGUUAGGCUCCAAGGGCAAGAGCAACAAGAAGAAGAAACCCGGCAAGAAAAACGGUCCCAAUGGGGGUGCCAAGAAUGGGUCUGCAUCUCGUGCCACGGCUACUGGAUAUGGCCAUGUGUUCCUGUCACACGAGUUGGACAGGCUCUCUCCGUGUGCACAGUGCGGUACACAACCGGACCAGAGAUACGUUGAACGGUGUGCGUCGUACCAGAACCAACUGGCGACCAAGCUGGCCGAUCUAGACACGGACUGCCACAAGUUUGAGGAUGACGAGCCGUUUGUACGUACGCUCCAGUUCUGCCACACGGCACGCAUGUCGCAGAACCGAGUGGUGUUUGUGUUGCACGAUAUGUGUGUGGACUGGUAUACCAAUAUGUGCGAGUUUGGCAAGGCCGCGAAUUACACCCUCGCCCAGAUACGGUAUCUCACCCGCGUGUGUCCGCUAGACCCUGCGGUAACCGCGUAUGCGCUGGAGCGCUUGGCGGAUUGCAUGGCUGGGUGCGUACGGCCACAGCUGUACUACGAUCAAGCCAGACUCAGAGUGUGUGCCAAUCACUACCCCUCGUCUUACCUACACGCCAACGAUCUCUAUCCCGUGCGCACCCCAUUCCUCAAAGCACCCGAGAGUGAGCAGGUGAACCAGAUGUACCGUCUGGCGAUCGAGUUACUGAGCUAUGCGUACGGGUCACCAGAUAGACAGUGUGUGCGCGAUGUGUGUGACAAGCUGGCCUGGUUCUUGGCCAACCAGUGAAUGCCGUGACUUGCCAUACGGCUGUUAGUCUAUAGCUGUGACGGCUUGUCUGGUAAUAGCUAUGACAGCUGGGUUUGAAGAGGGCCUUGUAAGCGACGACAUAGCCCACUGUCGUGCUCGUAAGCACUGGUAGUAGCCUUGCGUGAUUCCGGUCGUGCCAGUACUCAGUGGACAGCACCCAGCUGAUCAGAAACGCGUUCACGUGGCGUCACCGGCAGAUAGUGCGAACCAGCGACACAGUCUAUCUACUACCGUUAAGUAGUUCGAUCUGCCUGUCUAGUUAUUCGGUUUAUUCGGCUCCAACGAAUCUUCCAGGUUACCUUUUAUAGGAGGCAUUGGUAUGGGAUACAUACGUCUUCUAUGUAGCUGUCUGAUUGUACAUACUAGCCGCUGGGUCGACACGCGUGGGGUUGAUUUAGCGGUGACGGGCAUGUCGCAUACAGUAUAUGGGGGCGUGUGUUGUGAGCGUCUAGGCGUCAUAGCAGCUCACACUUCACUCCACUUCAUGUACAUAUACAUAAACAUACUAUUCCACACGCUAGACGAGAGUGCUCAGUGCACUAUAUCGGGCUGAAUGGAUGAGGUAUCUAUCUACCGCAAACACAAAUAGAAAACCACAUUGCCAAGGCGCAUUCGUAUUACGAGAUAUGCAAUAGUCACCACGUCUUUCGUAUAUUGCGGAUUGCCUCAACCUAAAGCGCUGGAGCUUCGGUUGGCAACUAGUUCGUAUGCAGUUCUUCUUAUCCUUAUUGAUAUUGAUAUUGAUAUUUGAGCCGAGUAGAGGUCGCAUUUAUAUCACCAUCGGCCAUAUUGUUGCAAAUACCAACAUCACCUUGUCAGCUUAAAUGUCAGGAAAGGAAAGCCAAACAAGGGCGACGGUUAACCCCACGUACACACAGCAAGCGCGUGCACUGGAGGUUCUUCUACGUCCACAGUACAGUGUCCUCCUGUCUUUCAUUUAGUAAAUAGAAGAUGAAGUAAAAACAUUACCGUAUAUCAGUGUUGGAGGAAAAUAAAGUAUAC